AUGUCAGGGGAAAAUAACUUUUUCCAUAACCCCUACUCAACGAACGUUAACUAUGAGGACGUAUCUACGCCGAAUGAAUACGGGGGUGUGUCCCAAGAGGGCGUCUUUUACAACAGCAUGGGGGAGGGGGUGUACAGCUACGACCCGAAUGGAAAUCUGUCGAAGGAGUUCCUGAAUCAGAACAUGAGCAGUUUUGGAGACAGAGGAAUUGGGGUAAACACUCAGAACAGCCAUAACUACCAUAACAACCAUAACAGCCAUAACAGUCAGAAUAAUCAGGGAAGCUACGGAGGGAUGAGUGGCGGAUAUGGAGGGAACUCCACGAGCAACUAUGGAAGGGCCUACAUGAACGAGCCAAGUAACUUCCAAGACAGGCCAGGAGGAAGCCACACGGGUCUGAAUGCCUCUAAGAACCUAACCUACGCAAACAGCAUGGACGGUAGGGACAGCAUACGCAUGGUUAGCAACCUCGGAGGAGUCCAGAACCUCCACAACGCAUUAAACGAUAUGGGCACGCUCAACAGAAUGGAAAAUGUGUUCAUGGGUAAGAAUGUAAAAAGGGGCAUGCAAAACACGUAUGGCGGUAUGAACAACGUAGGUAUUCCAGGGCAAGGCGCUAAAGGGGGGACGUUGAAUGUGCAAUCCCAUUUCAGUAAUUUGAAGAAUGCCAAUUGGUAUGGUAGGCAGAGGGUUUUGGAAAAUGUGAACAGCGUGGGUGGUGCAGACGGUCCUAGUGGAAAUGUGAAGAACAGACUGAUCAGCCAUGCGAACACGUUGACAAACCAUGGGAACACGUUGACAAACCAUGGGAACACGUUGACAAACCAUGGGAACACGUUGACAAACCAUGGGAACACGUUGACAAACCACACGAACACGCUGACUAGCCAGGCGAACACGCCCCAAAACAGGGGGGGGUUAAACAGUUGUGAUAGCCCGACCGGCUUCUCAGGAUUGGGAAACAUCCAAAGAGUGGAUGGCAUGAGCGGGUUUAGCAGCGCCAACGGGUUCGGCACCCCCAAUGGGUUCAGCAAUCCCAGCGGGUUCAGCAGUAUGAACAGCUUCGACAGCGUGGACAGUCAUCCUGGGGUGACCCACCCAAGCAGCGAUCUAAAUUCCAUUAAUAGCAGAAACGAUCUGUCAAGAGGAAAUAAUUACCACGUUUUAAGUGCAAACAACACGUAUGACAAUUACCAUAUGGGUGACUAUGCAACGGAUAGGGGUCUCAUGCGAAACCAUAAUGCCAUGCAGCAGGGGUACACCCCUAGCGGUAACUACAUGGAGGGCCAAAACAGCAAUAGGGUUACAAGCCCGCACAAUCUAAACAACACUUUUUCCAACCAGGGAACCAGUUACCUAGGUAGUAACAACAUACCUAACAGUUCCUACCUAAAAGGAAACAUGAGAAGUAACGUGAAGAGCAACAUAAAGAAUAGCAUGAAUAUUUUGGGCACGUCUUCAAAUGAGACCUUCAAGGAGGAGCAAGUGGUAUACAGCCCCCCCAAGGGAAACGCAGCCUAUGUAAUGCAGGGAACCGUUCGUGGUGGACGUAACGAUGAAAUUAGAGGCGACCUUCAGGGGGUCCAAAGUAGGAACCUCCCUCCGAAUGAGUACCCCUAUGAGCAUCCCCCCUUAAAUCAUCACUACAGAGGGGGGGCAGAAAAGUUACCUCUCCAGGGGAACAGAGGUACGCAGAAUGACCACAGCAUAAAUGUAAGGAACAGCCAAAUGGUGGAUCCUAGUGUGGCGUAUGGAGGAAACAGAGGGACCUUUUUUUACGGAAGUCAGUAUUCUGACCAAAGUUCCGUAUGGGGGGGGGACUACAACGCAGGACCCGUUUAUGAGAGGAGCGACUUCAAAGGAGGUUCCUCAGUUGGCGUUGGCGGUGCAGGUGGCGUUAUCAGUACAGGUGGUGUUAUCAGUACAGGUGGAUUCGAUAACUCCUACGGUAACAACUCCGCCAGCCUUUACAGCAACGAUUGUGCCAACUUUUACGGAAACGACUCAACCAACUUCUACGGCAACCAAUCAUCCACCACCUUUUACGGUAACAACGGCAGGCAGAUCAUUGGGGAGUCACCCACGCAGCAGGGGGUAUUGCACCCGCAAAUGUUCCUCGGUGCAGCGAACAAUAACACUUACCCCCAGCAGGUGAAAAAUAAAGCGAGACCAAGAAAAGGAAAGAAUAGCGGCCCAAAGGGGGAGGAAAAAAAAACAAGUACCAAUACCAAUACGCAGGAAAAAAAAACCGCAGUGAAAAAUAACAAGAGAGUCAAAACGAACAACCUAAAGGAUGGAAACGCACCAAACAUUACAAUGAAUGCAAGCAUUGGAAUGAGCCUUGGCACCAACAUUAACGCCGGUGCGUACUCCAAUACGAACAACGUGAGUGGAAACUACAAGGAUAAUAACUAUUUCCACCAUGGUAGUCCAAACGGAGGCACGCUGAACGUGUCGAAUGGUAGGGACUUUGGUAACUUUGACAGGGUACCUCCUGUGAGAGGACAUAUAACCGAAAAUGGUAUGCAUUCCCAGGGUGUAGGAACCGUUCAACAUGUUAAGGGUCACUCGUUCGAGGAAAAGGAGCAACUCCAACAGCAGACGCAACAUCCAACUGAGCGAAAAGGAAAGAUCACCCCAACUAAUGGUAAAUUCACGCUCAAUAAAGAUAUAGUGGAAAUGAUUCUACGGAACAAUAAGUAUUCUAUGGGGAAAAGUACAGACCAGGGGUUAAGUAACACAUACACGAACUUCCUAAUGAGUGUAAGUUCCUCCUAUUUGAAAACAAAAUUACAGGAAUAUAAAAAUGGAACGGGCAGCAAACCUAAUAGUGGUGACCACCCCCAUGUGGUAAACAAAGGUGUAGAAGGUUAUUCAUCCAAGGUGGGUGAUAAGGAAAGGGUAAAUGAGACGGGAGGGUUAACUCCCCCUAGUAGGACACUUGAAGGAAACAUUCCCUCAGGAGGGACAGAGCAGGGAUUCGCAACAGAUGCAUAUAUACCUAAUAAAGGAGUAACGAACGAAACGAUCGUACCUACAAUCAAAGCGGAAGUGCAGGAGGAACACCAACUGGGUGGAGCACAGGCAGAGAUGAAGGUCCAGGCAGAGGUGAAGGUCCAGGCAGAGAUGAAGAUCCAGGCAGAGGUAACGGUCCAAACAGAUGGAGACGGAGGAGGAGUCCCCUUGAAGAAAAAAGAAACUCGAGGAAGGAAAAAAAAAAUACAAAGCGUCCCUAUAAAUGAAGGAAACAUCCUCCUACAUAAAGAUGAAGGCGUAAAAUUGGAAGAGAAGGAAGUCAAGCGGAAGGGCAGGAAGAGAAAAAUCUAUAUAGACCCAGCUAGCCCAAAUCAGAAUGACAACGAAAUGGAGAGAAAAAAAAACGAGUAUGUAAAGAGCACGCCAGGGGAAGAAUGCCUAAUGAACAAUAUAAAAGAGGAGGGAGAAAAUUUUAAAAAUAAUGAAAUGGCAUUGUGUUUCAAAAGACCUAAAGGUGAAGGUCCAUUUGGAGACAACUACAAUGACUCCCCUCCAGAUGUCACAAGGAACGUUUUUCACCUCCUGAAUUAUAAGCUAAAAAAGUUCAGUGGAAAAAAUUGUCUUAACAGCCACGCAGAGGUGACUGUUCUAUUGAACCACUUCCUAAAGGUGGUGAGGAUUAUAAACCACCACAGGAAGAUGCUGCAGGGGGUGUACGGGCACCGGUUUAAGGUCCCCAGUGAGACUUGCCUGAGGAAUUACUUUGAAGCCAAGUUUCCUUUUAUACAAUGCUACAGGAAUAGGAUCUAUGAGUUGGCGGACGGGGGGGAUGGAGAGGAGGAAGAGAAGGAAGAGGAUGACGAAGUGGAAGAGGGGGAUGGAAAGGAAAAGGACGGUGUGAAGGUGGAAGUGGAAACCACAGUCGUAGUAACAGCCAAUGCAUGUAAUGGGCCACCGCUCACGGUAGAUAAUGCACCCAAUGACGACCUACCUACUGCAGUGUUCACAUCGGAGGGGCUCCUCACAAACAACGGUGCCUCCCCUCCUGCAGAAGGAACAAAAAUUGAGGAGAGCCAAUGUGGUGGUGUGCCCCCUCUGGUUAACCACGAAAAGGUCAGCGGAAAGUCAGAUAUGAUUAAGGAGGAAUCCUGUCCGAUACCAAGUUGGGAAACUUCCCAAAGAACAGUCCAAGUAGAACCCCCUGGUGAUCAUUUAAACGGAAUGAAAGGCACAAUGAAGGAAAGUUUACACUUCUCACAAGUUAACCCCCCUAGUGGUUAUGUAUCAUUGAAGGAUUGUAACAGUGGGGCAGACGGAAUAAGUGUGUCGAGGUGUGUCCUGCCUAACGAUAGUCCAGGCCAGGGGUACCCGUUGGGCGUUGCUGGCCCCACUGAGUACGUAUCGUCCAACUCGGUUACCUACGCAAUGUUGAACCCAACCACCUGCAUGACAAACUACCCCUCCGCCUUCCCCUGUGAGGAGUACCAAACGUAUGGCGCACAGCCGAACGGGCACACCCAGAACAACGCCCAACACCAUUUCAACCCUCACGUGAAUUCAGAAAAUAAGUUGAAUGGAGAUUCCUUCGGGUGA